AUGAGCAGCAGAUAUAAAAGCAAAGAAGGGCGAGAUUAUUUUGGUUUUCCCGAUUUUUCGACUACAGUAAGAGCCACCCUUGGUUUACCAAACGAUGAAGAAUUAUGUGAGGCUAUGAAAGAUAUAUAUACAUCCGGCCGGGAGUAUCUAAAGAUGUGCGAUGAUCUCGCUGAUGACGAUGAUGGCAUGGAAAGCUUGGACAAUUGGCAGGAAGGUAUCGACUACGUCUAUCCCUCUUGCGAUUUGAUUGUUUGCCCUCAUAUUCGCAAAACCCUCGAAGCAAGAAGCGGAUGCAAAGAAAACCACCUUGGAAGCGUCACAGUAUUCAUAUUGAUGAUCUUUUUCAUGAUGAAAUAA